AGUGCGGGAGCAGUUCGCCGGUGAGCGCGUUGCGAGCUGUGCAGAGUAUCUUCGGUUGUUGGCGGGCGUACUGUGCACGCAGUUCUCUAAAGUUGGGGCCUAUGACAAUGCGUAUGUGCAGAUCAGUUCAAGUUGGACGAUAGACUCUGACGACAUCCCACUGUCAUACCUGUGGCAAAUAUUGUCCGUUAAUAUUUAAUUUCCGUGCGCCCCGCGUGUUACAUUGCGAGCUGAAUUCAAAUCGACGUAGUCAUUAGUGCAUGUGAAUGUGAAUAAUCACCAAUAAAAUGCCUCUCUUUGGAAAGAAAGAUCCUGCCAAGAAGUCCAAAAAGGACUCUGACAAGCAGCCCUCAGUUGAAGACAAGUAUAUUUUGAAGGAACUGUUAGGAACUGGUGCCUUCUCCGAGGUGCGCCUUGCCGAAAGCAAGGAGAAGCCUGGCCAGAUGUUUGCUGUGAAAAUCAUCGACAAAAAGGCGCUUAAAGGAAAAGAGGACUCCCUAGAAAAUGAAAUCAAGGUCCUUCGAAGCAAGCAUACCAUGCAGCCGCAGUGAUACGGCAGAUGAAGCGGAUGGCUCUCGGCAGCACAGUUACCAACACGGAAACCAGCUCCAGUAGCUCUGAGCACCCUUUUCUUGACAACAACAGUCCAAAUCCACAAAUGAGUGGGCUCGACUUGAAUGGGACUCCCCCACCCAACAACAAUUAGGGGUUGCUACUUGCUGAUGUCACCAAGUGCACAGUCCCUCAUCUCAUCUUACUUGGCCACUUUGUUGUAAAAGCAUACAUCUCUGUUUCAAGGCCUUAAAAUGUUGUACUUUUCCUCUGUUCAGAAAAUGUUUGUUGGUGCUUUUGUGAACCUAUCUCCUCUGUAGAUCAAAUAAAGUAAGGGAGAGAAAGGUUUCAAGGCCUGGCAGGGGCAGCUUCCAUUGUAGCAUCUUAUUGAUCCAUCUUGCAGCCAUAAUUGGACACUCGUGUAUAUUAACGUGACAUCCUGUACACUACUACUUUCUGUUUUUGCAGAGAAAAUAUGGUCUGAUAGCUUGUUAUGCACAUAUGUAUACAUUCAUUUAAAUGCAUGUGUGUAUAUGUUCAUGAUUGAGUAAUUAAUGCAAGUAAGUAUGAGGAAAGACAGAAUUAAUGAAUGUGUAAGUGAUCUUGGCAUGUCUUUGUGAUAACAACAAAUCUAUGGAAUCCAUCAUAAUGAUGGGGCAUUCUCUGUAUCUGCUGAUAAGAAUUUACCAUAUCUAGGGCUGUGCUAAUAGCAAAAAUUUCUAGACUUUCUUAUGUUGAGAUAUAUUCCUUGCAAAUACAUUAUGUUAAUGAUGAUACUGCAUUAUCAUAAGUAUUUUUGCAUUGUACUGAAUUCCCUGCCAUAAACUCUUAGAAAUAGCCCAUUGUAGAAAUUGUGAUGUUGCAUUGUCCACAAAGAUUAUGCUACAGAUAUUAUUAUUUUUAUUAUUAUUAUUGCUAUUAAUAUUGUUUUUAUUAUUAUUAUUAUUAUUAUUAUUAUUAUUAUUGCUAUUAAUAUUGCUAUUAUUAUUAUUAUUAUUAUUAUUAUUAUUAUUAUUAUUAUUAUUAUUAUUAUUUGCACUUUUUUUCAUAUUUAUAUGUUAGUAGUAGAGAUAUCACAAUCUUGCAUGCAGAUUUUUAGGAUGUGGGCAUGUGUGGCCUAAUACAUAUUGUUAUAAUUACAUUUACGCAGCAUUCCACAAAAUUCAUAUCUUUUACUGUUUUAAUGUAAUCAAAAGUCAUUUUUGCUUUUUCUUUUUAUCCAUGGGUUAAACUUAUGUUGGUGGAGAAACUGUGCUGUAGGUAUGUACAUAUUGUUGAAACAGCACUUUUAUUUUAGGAUACAUUGUAAUUUGCAUUUUAAUUUACUGUAUACAUUAGGUUUUAUUGCUUUGCUUUACAAUAUCUGAACAGGUGUUGAGAUAAUGAGUUCUAAUUAAACGGGGAAAAGAUAUUUAGUUGUUAUAAGUACAAUAUGAGAACUCGUGCUUGCAAAUAUCCUCAGGAUUACUCCUUAUCUGUGGCAUGAGAUUUGGUACAGUGAGAUGCUUUUGAUGUGUCAGUAUUUUCAUUGUAUGUAACAUGCAAUUUCUGCUUUCAGCAGAGGGUUAAAGAUAAAAAAAAUUGCAGCCCUAUCAUAUCAGUAAUAUAUUCCAUUAAAGAAUUGUUGUGUGAUAAUGUCCUCAUGUCACAUUGUAGUUCAUGAGGUCACAUGUAUAAUAGUGCAAUAAUAUUGCAUUGAACCAUUGAAAUUGGCUGCAUAUUUAACCCAAUGAUGAAUCAUUAGCAUAUUUCUUCCUCUUCUUGUAAAUGACUACUGGCAACUUGUUAACCUGGCCAUGUAUCUCCUGCUAUUCUGCCUUCCAAGUGAUUACCUGAUAAUGGGAUUAGAAACAGACUUUGUUUAUCUUAUCAAAUGUUACUCUUAUUCAAGAGAAAUAAUACAAUGUACAAUAUUGUUAGAAGAGAUGGAAGAAUGUAUACUUGCCUGUAAGGUGUUGGAAAUUUGCAAGGUGAACUAAAUGCAAUAUUUUUCAGUGUAUUUUCAAUAUUGGUGUUAAUCUUGCUGACUGAUACUUUCGUUAACAUCAUUGAAUCCUAAUGACAUGCUCUAUCAGUUAAAUAGUCAAAAAAGUUGAUGUUUCAACUGUAGUUAUAAAGACUUGGAUACUUAAUUUCUCUCUUCAGUUAUGGAAACUUUUGAAGUGAUUAUGUGUAGUAUUUGUUGUGCAAGUGUACAAUAUAUUUUGUCAUAAAUAUGUACGAGUUUUCUCUGAAUACCUCCAGAAGAAAUCUGGUAUUCUUUCAAAGAAAUUUUUAUAAUUUUCAAAGUUUAAUGUUAUGUAUAGAUAACAAAAUUGCUAGUUUUGUAUAGAUCAUGAGUGUUGAGAGAAGCACUACAUCGAAAUGUUUUAAAAUGUUGAUUUACAUUUGAUGAACAGUCCAUUUCAAAUAUUGUCAUUUAUAUGGUUUUGAUACCUUGUUACUUGACAGUUAGUGUUUCACAUCUGGAAUGAAUUGCCUUUCAUUUGCAUGUGUAUUUCAGUUGAUUAAACUUUUGAAUUGCAUCACAGAGUAGUGU